AUGGAGGUGGCGCACAUUGCGCAGAGCUGCCGGCGCCUGGAGGAGCUCGACCUGUCCUUCACGGACAUCACGGACGCCGCGCUCGCCGCCGUCGGCGCGGGGCUGCAGGCGCUGGAGCACCUCGACGUCAAGCACUGCAAGCGCGUCACCGGCGCCGGCGUCGCGCAGGUGGCGGCGGGGUGUCCGCAGCUGCGCCUGCUGCAUCUGGGCGUCGUGGACGUCAGCGAUGACGGCCUGGCGGCGCUGGGCCGUCACAGUCGCCGGCUGGAGGAGCUGUACCGAGGACUCCCUCGCCAGCAUCGGCCGCCUGUGUCCGCGUCUGCUCGAGCUGCACGUGCCUGA